GGCGUGUCCACGGCGGCCCUCUCUGCGGCUGCGCGGGCGCUGUCCCGGGGUCCCGGCGCGGGCGGGAGCCUGGACGGCGGGGGAAGGAGGCCGCAUGGCUCCGCAGCGAGGAGUCCCGUGCCUGGUGCUGCUGGUCAGCGGGAAGAGGAAGUCCGGGAAGGAUUUCGUGGCCGAGGCGCUGAGGAGCAGACUUGGCGAGGAUGUCUGUGCUGUCCUCCGACUCUCGUGUCCACUCAAGGAACAGUACGCUCAGGAGCAUGGCCUGGACUUCCAGAGACUCCUGGACGCCAGCGCCUACAAGGAGGCCUACCGGAGGGACAUGAUCCGCUGGGGAGAGGAGAAGCGCCAGGCAGACCCAGGCUUCUUCUGCAGGAAGGUCGUGGAGGGCGUCUCUCAGCCCAUCUGGCUGGUGAGUGACACACGGAGGCUGUCAGACAUCCAGUGGUUCCGGGAGGCCUAUGGGGCUAUGACACAGACGGUGCGCGUGGUGGCCUCGGAGCAGAGCCGACAGCAGCGUGGCUGGGAGUUCACCCCAGGGGUUGACGAUGCCGAGUCAGAGUGUGGCCUGGACGACUUUGGGGCCUUCGACUGGGUCCUUGAGAACCACGGGGACGAGCGGCGCCUGGAGGAGCAGCUGGAGAACCUGGUGGCGUUUGUCCAGUCCCGGCGUCCGUGCCAGGUCCCGGGAGCGGCGGACGCUGCGCCUCUCCCGGACGUGUGGUCUCCGACGCUGGCUGAGGGCCCGGCCAAUGCCUGACAAGCCAGGACACCGCGGGGACCUCGCCUCAGGCACAGGACCGCCCCGCCUCUUUAGGAGGAGACCAAAGGGCA